AUGUCGCAGAUCGUAGUCAUCGGCGCGGGCGUGAUCGGUCUGAGCACCGCCGUAAGACUCCAGCAAGAAGGAAACCAGGUCACGAUUGUAGCCAGGGACUUUCCGAGCCCAUUCGAGACCAUUGAUGCCAAGGCUUCGGUCAACUACACAUCGCAAUGGGGCGGGGCGCACAAUCGAUGGGUGAUACCGGCUAACAAGAUGGACGAGCGUGAUCACGCCAUGGCUCUGAGAACAUUCCGGCAUAUGGAGUCGCUCUUCAAAAGCAAUCCCGAGGCGGGCAUCACUUUCAUGCCCGGUAUCGAGUACCUCGAGGAUCCUCCAGAGCAAUAUAAGGCGCUCACGGAGGAGAAAGCCAAAAGCCUUGGGUUGGUCGAGUUCAGGCGUCUGAGUCCCAGCGAGUUUCCCGAUGACAAGGUGAAGUGGGGUUGCGAGUAUAAGACAUGGUGUGUCAACCCCAUGAUUUACUGCUCGUUCCUCUUGCGUAAGUUCGCAUGGAACGGAGGCAAGGUGAUUCGCAAAGAGCUCAGCGACCCUCUUGAGGUCUUUGGUAUCAAGGAGCUGUCAGACGCACGGACAGUCGUCAAUUGCUCUGGCUUCGGAUUUGGUGACAAGAACUCGUUCAUCACUAGAGGGCAAACUUGUGCAGUGGCCAACUUCAGCCCGGCAACAGUGACGCGACAGAAUGCGGAUGGAUCUUGGACAUUUUGUGUGCCUCGAAACUUUGACGGCGGUACCAUAGUUGGAGGCACCAAGGAGCCAGACAAUUGGGACGUUGAGCCAUCGCUAGAAUUGCGGGAACAGAUCCUGAAGACCUUUGCUGCCACCUACCCUGCCAUUCUGGGUGACAGCGGCGAAUAUCGCGUUCUCAAAGACGUUGUUGGCCGUCGACCUACGCGCAGAGGAGGCUUGAGACUUGAGCGAGAGGAUGCAAGUGAUGGCCGGACCAUCAUCCACGCAUAUGGGCUUGGUGGAAGAGGAUUCGAGUUGUCCUGGGGCAUGGCCGAGGGCGCCCUCGGGUUGCUUCAAGAUCAAAAACCCAGAGCGCGUCUGUAG